UUGUCCCUUCUCAAGAUGGCGGCGCGGAAGGGCCGGCGGCGGCGCGCAGUGCGCCUGCGCAACGCGGCCCGGAGUGCAGCGAAAUUCCUGGCGGGCGGGGGGAGGAGGAGGAGGGCGGCUGGGAGCCACGGCCGCUCGCCCCUGGCAGGGACCCUGCGUGCUGUGGCGGCGGCCGGCGCCGAGCCAGACCCCCGGGGGGCGCCGUGCGGGCGGGCUGAGGGCCACUCGCCGCCUCCUCGGGCGCUCGCAGCACCGGGAGCCGCGCCGUCCCCGGGACUCCCUCCCCGGGCGGAGAGGGGGAGAAUGACGGAGCUCCAGUCCGCCCUGUUACUGCGGAGGCAACUGGCAGAGCUCAACAAAAAUCCAGUGGAAGGCUUUUCAGCGGGCUUAAUAGAUGACAAUGAUCUUUAUCGAUGGGAAGUCCUUAUUAUUGGUCCUCCAGAUACACUAUAUGAAGGUGGUGUUUUCAAGGCUCAUCUUACUUUUCCAAAAGACUAUCCACUGAGGCCACCAAAAAUGAAGUUCAUCACAGAAAUCUGGCAUCCGAAUGUUGACAAGAAUGGUGAUGUCUGCAUUUCAAUUCUUCAUGAGCCUGGAGAAGACAAAUAUGGCUAUGAAAAACCUGAGGAACGCUGGCUUCCUAUUCACACAGUGGAAACUAUAAUGAUUAGUGUAAUUUCUAUGCUGGCAGAUCCCAAUGGUGAUUCUCCUGCUAAUGUUGAUGCAGCGAAAGAAUGGAGAGAAGACAGAAAUGGAGAAUUUAAAAGAAAAGUUGCCCGCUGUGUAAGAAAAAGCCAAGAAACUGCUUUUGAGUGACACUUAUUCAGCAGCUAGUAGCUUCACUUUUUUCAGGGUCUCCAAUUGAGAAACAUGGCACUGUUUUUUUCCUGCACUCUACCCACCUAUUGCUGGACUUCUGUUGUUACAAGUUGGCAAACACUGGCUGGAACUGGGCUGCAAUAAAACAUGCCAGUUAUCAAUGCUGACAAGAGCCUAACAAGUGCCAACACAAGAUGAUUACGCAUUUUGAAAUCUAAUGAACUGCUUUAACCUUCAGGAAGAAUUGUAAAGAUGUGUACAUAGCACAACAUGAUCCGGAUAAUAUAUAUACUGUUCAUGUACAUCCACAAAUACACAUUGUACCAAAUAAUGCUGUCUGUAGUUAGGAAUAGAAUCGUGUAAAUUCUAAAGAUUUUAGCAGGUUUUUCUUUCCCUAUUCAUUGUUUCCUAUCAGUUUAAAAAAAUCGAAACUACAAACAACAACUUGUGAAGCAUGUCAGACUAAAACCAAUUAGGAUUAAAGUCUUUUUUCCACUUUAAUUUUCCUUUGACCCACUGAGGCUUAAUUAAAAUCUCUUGCUUAUUGAAGUUUAGUAUCUCUUUUGUUUUUUGGAAAUGUGCUCCCUUUUAUUCCCUCAUCAGAACUUAAAAUUUUCCUAAUUAAACCUGAAGGGAUUUGCUAUCAAUUACUUGUGUCUUCUUUUAUGAUGACCUUUGUAGUCUCAAAGGUGCUCUUUUUUCCUUCAACCCUCUUUUUUUUUUUUUAAUAAGAAACCCAAUUGCACAUGCUUCUUGAAUUGGGUAUAGCAAUAAACUGGCCAUGGAGCACCCUUGAGCAGCCUGCUGGAUUUUUCCCUUUCCAGGGACUUCAGUGUUUUCAUUUGGAAGUUGAAUUGACUAAGUUAGUCCAAGAUGGGAUGAGCUGCUUUUUUUAUGGGUGACUUUUUUUUUUUUUUUUUUGCCUUUUGCAUUGCCUGUUUGUGGGGUGGGGUGUGUGAGGGAGACUUGUUUUAUCUCAAGGUUGAAUUCAAGCAUGCGCAUCUGUAGGCUUUCAAAUGACUAACUUCUGGGUUUGGUAUCAAAAAUAGUUUUCUCCUUAUCCCUUUUCUCUCUUCUGUGGCCCUUCAUAUUCUUUGCCUUCUACUUCAGAGUUUCCUCACCUAAUGUACAAAGAAAAUUGCGAUGUAUAUUUUCAUGUAAUUUGAUUUUUGGAAUUCUGUCACCUUCUGUAGUGAGUUCUUCCAAAAUAUAAUUUUUUCCAAUAAUAAUGUGUCAAACUGGCUGUCUUCAGUAUCUAAAUAGGAAGGGGGAGCUGCAGUUGGAGUGCAGAUUACCUGAACAUCUUCAGCAACCUGACAUAAGCAAACUUUUAUUUAACUUGACAUACUGUUUUUAAUCUUGAAAUUAAAAACAGACAAACAAAACUUUUCCAGUUGGAACCAUCCUUGUCCCUCCAGUGAGCAAAUAUUAAUCUCAGAGUAUCUGAUACUGGAGUUUCUCAAGCAUGCCUGAAACACAUUUCUACCAAAGAAACUUUACAGAAGAUUUUACAACUACCUGACUGUUCUCUGCUCUGUCACAGGUUUGUUUUAUCACAGCUUUUAACAGCAGAGUAACUUACUAAUAAAUAAAGAGUUCAGUGUUAAGAA